AUGAAUUAAAAUAAUUAAUAGAUAAUAUACUAAGAUUAAAAAGGCUAUAAAGACAUUUGGAAUAUCUUAUUGAUUUGCUUAAUAUCCACUGAGUUGGCAUUAGGGGUAGUUGCAUUUAAUGGCCAAUUUGCUGAUUUUAUGACUAAUUAUCAGACCUAGUCAUACAUUGCAUAUAAGCUUAUCUUCUGUGGAGUAGUAGUUAUCUUCUCUGUUUUGUAUUUCUUUAGGAGACAUUCAAAUUUAGUUCUGCUAAAUAUACUUAUUUAUGUAAUUAUAAUAGACACUGCAUUAAGAUUUAUAGCUUAAGCAAAGUUAUAAGCAAAUGAGUGGAAUCCUUAAGAAAUUAAAGAUGUGUUUUCUCUUUUCUUGUAUAUAAAUUAAUUCAUUUUUCCAAUAAUUCUGCUAUUUUUUUCGAUGAGAAGAAAGGAAGACAUCAAAGUAAUUGUAAAAUAAGUGGUAAAGAAUCCACUUGUAUAAUAAAAUAUAAAAGAAAAAUAAGAAUAAAAGCUUGACCAUAAACUCUUUUUUAUGAGUUGA